AUCCUUGAUGAUAUAAACCAAUUACAUCCACUCAUCACAUCAUUGGACUUGAAUUGUAGAGCACUGCGAAAUUGGACGGUAACACCUUGACAAUCGAAUCGAUUCCGAUAGACGGCGGAGCAAAGUCCCUCACCAGAGUGUACACUUUUACUGACACCGGAAUAGAAGUGUUGAGACAUUUGUAAUUUGAGGCAGAAUUGUGAUAUAAGCUGAUUUGCAAAAUGGUACAAAUUGCUGGAAAAUAUAAGCUUGAAAAGAAUGAGAACUUCGUUGAAUUACUCAAAAAACAGGGUAUUCCAGAAGAACAUGCUAAACACGCGAACGAGGAUAGAGCCCUUUUGACCGUAGAGGUAAAUGGAGAUAAAAUUAAACUGACCACUCAAUCGGCACUAAGAAAUAGUGAGGUCGAAUUUCAUGUUGGGAAAGCGAUUCAGGAAGACAUUGCGCCUGAAUAUCGAUGCAGCAGCACUGCGAAAUUGGUCGGUAACACCUUGACAAUCGAAUCGAUUCCGACAGACGGCAGAGCAAAGUCCCUCACCAGAGUGUAUACUUUUACUGACACCGGAAUAGAAGUGGUGGUGACAAUGAACGAUGGAGGAUCAACAACCGAAGCCAAACGCAUUUAUAAGAGGCAGUAGAAAUAAAAUAAUAUGACAUUAAUACCG